AUGAUGAUCAACGACUCCAUCAAUUGUACUCUGUGGAUGCAAGAGUUCGUUGGAUUAUACACUGUCGGAAUCUAUGCCCCCCUGGUUGCGAUCUAUAUCGUCGUCGCUGUUCUUUUUCUAAAACAUCUAAACUCAUUCCAUCCAUUAUUUGUCAUCUCGUUCUUCCUCAUUCUUCUUGCAUACACUGUUUAUAAUUUUAUACUGUUUUUUCGCAACUUGAUUGAAUUCUUUUUCAUUGACGAUGUAACGUUUGCAAUAUUGGAAAUGAUAUUUACCGUUGCGCAUUAUUAUACCCAGCCCAUAGUGAUUCUGGCACUUUUUGAACGCUUAGCAGCCACUGUUUUGGUGACAGAAUACGAGCAAACCUGUCAUUGGUUUAUCUACUCGAUCGGUCAAGCUUUAUGUGUUAUUGUGGUUGUAUUUAUGUGUAUUUACAAAGCCAGUGGGGUCGCAAUUGUCAACAAUAUUCAAAUAAUUCUCUCAAUUAUCAUAGCCAUUGUUUUAAUCAUUUUAUUUCUGGUAAACAAACGAAAAACCGAAUUAGCGAUGGGGCGAUUGUCGUUGACUACUCGAUACCAAUUAGCCGAGAAUAUCAAAGCUCUAAGAAUAUUUGUUCCGUUCAUUCUUCUUGACAAUGUCAUCGCUAUAAUGUUUGUCGUAACAUCUUAUGUAAUUGGAGUAGGUCGUUCUUUUGAUAACAACGCGUGUAGGGCGUCUCCUAAUUAUUGGAUUAUCUUUACAAUUCUCAGAACAAUCGCAAUAGUCCUUCAAAUUUCUAUGGCAAUAAUUGUGAUCUACCAGCAUGAAUCGAUGCAUUUCUGCAAGAGGGUUUCCAGGAGGAAUCAAUCAACGGACGGAGUGACAACUCACAAAAAAGUAGUAGAGAUCAGAAAUGUCCUUGGGAAAAACGUCGCUAAAAAGGAGACAGCCGAAAAUUAUUUUGCCAUUCUUCAAUCUCAAUGGGUUCGAUAA